AUGAGUCGUAAAGAAGCCUUAACACAAUUUAUACAACAAAUUCACGGUCGUCCUGUUGUUGUGAAAUUGAAUAGUGGAGUCGAUUACAGAGGUGUAAUGGCUUGCAUAGAUGGUUACAUGAAUAUUGCUCUCGAACAAACAGAAGAAUACAUAAAUGGAGAACUUAAAAAUAAAUUCGGAGACUCUUUUAUCCGUGGCAACAAUGUACUAUAUAUUAGUACUCAAAAAAGAAAAGGGGUGUAA